AAAAAGAAAAGUAUGGCUUCAAUAUUUCACCUUAAUCUUUCAAAAGACCUUUCCUUAUUAUUAGAUUAUCCAGAUGAUUACAAUGUUAUUAUUCAAGUUGGUGAAAACCAAAAUACAAAAGAAUUUCGUACGCAUUCAGUUAUUUUACGUGCUCGUUCUUCUUAUUUUAAAAGUGCCCUUUCUUCUAAUUGGAUUAGAAAGAAGGAUAAUAUGAUUAUAUUUAGUAAACCAGAUUUAACACCUACUUGUUUUGAUAUGAUUUUAAGAUAUAUUUACACUGGUGAAUUUGAUUUAACUAAGCAAUCGGGCGAAAAUAUUCUCGAUUUACUAGUCGCAUCUGAUGAAUUACUUUUUGAAGAGUUAUUUAGACAUGUUCAAGACUAUUUAAUUGAAGAAAGACUUGACUGGAUUCAUGAAAAUUCUGCUCUUGUUCUUAAUGCUGUAUUUAGACUUGAUAAUUGCAAGAAGUUACAAGAUUGUUGUCUUAAAUUUAUCUGCAAAAAUACACUAUUGUUUUUAUCUUCAAAAAGUUUUCCUUCAUUAAAUAAGGAAAUACUUUUUGAUUUGCUUAAAAUAGAUGACUUACAAAUUGAAGAAAUUAUCAUUUGGGAUCAUUUAAUCAAAUGGGGUAUUAAUCAAAAUCCUGGUUUGGUGAGUGAUAAAGCAAAAUGGAAUAAUGAAAAUUAUGAAGCAUUAAAGAAAACUUUAAAUCAAUUUAUUCCUCUCAUUCGGCUUGUGGGAAUUUCUCGUGUGGAUAUCUUUGAUAAAGUCCUUCCUUACAAAACUAUUAUUCCCAAACAUAUUUAUGAAGAUAUUGAAGAAUUUCAUUAUAAAAGUGUCAUACCAAAAAUUAUAAUUUUACCGCCUAGAACUGGAUCAUUAAUCAAAUCAAAUAUCAUCGAACCAAUACUUGCAAAAAUAAUAAUUAAUUGGAUUGAUAAAAAAGAUACCAUGUAUACUCGUACUAUAAAUGACCCAUUAUAUAAGCUUGAACUUAUUUAUCUUAAUAUUCGUGAUGGAUUUAGUAAUAAAUCAUUUAGGAAUAAAUGUAAUGGUCGAAUGGCGAAUUUGGUUUUAAUUAAAGUUAAACAAUCAAACAAAAUUUUUGGUGGAUAUAGCCCUAUUGGGUUUAGUUCAUUAGGAGAAUCAGAAGAAGGUUACUUUGUUGAAAAUAAUGGUCGAUUUUAUAAUUCAUCAAAUAAUUUUAUUUUCUCCUUCGAACAUAAUAGUGAUAAUAAAUAUAUGAAAAUAAGUCGAGUAGUAAAUAGUAAUAAAGCAAUAUUCGAUAAUCGUCAUUGUGGAUUUGAUUUUGGUAUGGGUUCAUUGUGUAUGAGUGGUUAUACUUUAUAUGUUAAUAAUUAUAACGAAAAUUAUGAAAAUAAUUUAAAUAUUCGUGCGAUUUAUACCAUUGCGGAGAUUGAAACUUUUAAUGUAGAAGAUUACAUCAAGAAAUAGUUUUUGAGAGGGAUUCUGUAACAAUUUAUUGAUAGUUUAUAAUACAUUUAAAUAAAUGGAUAAAUCAUUUUUAUAUUAAAUACUACAAAUUUUUUU